AUGAACGUACCUGGUCAACAAUUAAAAUUACCAAUCCCUAGACUUUCGAAUACCUCUUUGCAAGCAUCGAAAACGAAAUUUUCAGAAUCGUUAAAUCGGUCAACAAAUUCUCAAUUUUCAACAAACUUGAAUCCCGUCAUUUGCCAACCAAUGUUGACAUCUAUCGGUAAGCCAAUGCCUAAUAAACGUGGUCGUAAACCCUUGUCAAAAAUGCCCGAGACCAAAAAACAUAUUCAAAAUUUAACAAAUCAAAGAGCAUUUCGUCGAAGAAAGGAAGAUUAUGUUCGCACUUUGGAAACUAAAGCUAAUACUUAUGAAAUCUUAUAUACCGAAGCGCAGAGUCAUAUAAAAUCAUUACGAGAAAGAUUGAGUUUGCUUCAGAGAAGACUCGAUAAAACCCAAACAAGUGAUAAAUGUGAUGCGUCCAUAUAUAGGCAGGCUAUUGAAGAAACUCAACACAUGUGUGAUAGUAAUUCUUAUCGGUCAAGUGAUGACGAAAUGUCUGUUAACGUUGAAAUGAGCGAUGUCACGUAUGGAGGAGGAAAUCGAAACAUAACGUCUUUCACAUUUAACGAACAACAAUAUCAGUCAGAUUCGCAAACUAAUUCAGUAAAAUCCGAUGAAUCAGUUGAAGACAUAAUCAGGGAUCCUUUAUUUUGUGAUACCAAAGAAGGGGACCUUUGUUUUUGUGAACCUGUUUCAAUUGAAGAUUUGACAAAAGAUCCAUCACAAUUAUCGUCAGGUAGUGAUUCAUUUGGUAGAUAUUAUUUAGAUCACAAAGCAGGAAAACGGUUGUGGAUUAUCUCAAAUGGAGCGGUGACCCAAUGUACAACUCCGACGACUCCCUCUCAAGCAAUUUUUUCAAAUUUCACCACUUGUAAUGAUUCUCAACCUUCACGCAAAAGUUGCCCAACGAUUUCCUCACCGGUUCGAUCCGAUGAUACUCAAUGGCAAUUACAACAAGAUGAAGAACAAUGUUAUUUUUCUCCUCCUUCACCACUGUCACCAACAGUAUCUGAUACAAUACCUAUAACUUCUAAUUUCACUCAACAUCAUCCAUUAAAUUUGAAAUGGAUUUUGGGAGAUAAUAAUAACGAUGAGAAUGGUGAUGAAUCCGCUUGA